AUGCCGACGAUAAAAUGCGUCGUAGUUGGCGACGGAGCCGUUGGUAAAACUUGCCUUCUCACUACGUAUAAAACGAAUAAAUUUCCAAGCGAAUACGUGCCAACAUUUUUCGACAAUUACGCUGUGACAGUCAUGAUCGGUGGAGAACCUUACACGCUGGGGCUUUUCGAUACGGAUUCCCAGGAAAUUUGCGACAAGUGA